GGACGGGACGGGACGGCGGAGCGGCCUGGGACCGGCAUCAGUGGCUGUAUUUCACCCCCUCCCGCUGGCCACUAGGUGGAGGAUGGAUCUCUGCCACCAUGUUGAUGGGCUGACGAUGGUUCGUGGAACGCGCAAGGCCAUCAGGUUUGGGCUCCACAUCGUGACGUGGAAUGUGGGGACGGCCAGACCCCCCGAUGACGUCACCACCCUCCUGCAGCUGGAGAGCCAAACCCGCGAGACUGACAUGUACAUCAUCGGCCUGCAGGAGGUGAACUCCAAGGUGCUCUCGUUCCUGGUCGACAUGGUGUUUAACGACCCCUGGACCGUCUUCUUCACCAACUUCCUGGCGCCCCUGGGCUACGUCAGGGUAUCCUCCAUCCGGAUGCAGGGUCUUCUGCUGCUGGUGUACGUCAAGCACCUGCACCUGCCGUACGUCCGGGACCUGCGCACCAGCUACACCCGCACUGGCAUGUACGGAUACUGGGGUAACAAGGGUGGGGUGGCAGCCCGCCUGUCGGUCUACGGGCACCUGCUGUGCUUCCUGAACUGCCACCUACCUGCCCACCUGAACAACAGUGGGCAGCGCAUCACCAGCUUCCAGCGCAUCCUGGCCGUGCUGCAGUUCACCAGCGAGAAGGCACCGGCCGUCCUGGACCACGACCUGCUCUUCUGGUUCGGAGACCUCAACUUCCGCAUCGCCGAUCACGGGCUGCGCUUCGUCCGCGAGUCGAUCGUCAGGAACCGUUUCCACCUGCUCUGGGACAAGGACCAGCUGAACAAGGCCAAGACGAUGGAACCGGUGCUGAGUGGGUUCCUGGAGGGACAGCUGCGCUUCAAACCCACCUACAAGUUCAACCUGGACUCCAUCGACUACGACACCAGUGAGAAGAAACGGAAGCCAGCGUGGACGGAUCGGAUCCUCUGGAGAAUUAGCGAGCACAGCCAGGGCGGGGGGAGUGAGAGCCAGGGCUCCAACCCCAAGAAGCCCCUCACCGUCAACUUAAACAUCUACGACAGCCAAAUGGAGUACGGAGUCAGCGACCACAAGCCCGUGCUGGGAACGUUCUCCCUGGAGCUGGAGAAGCGUUUUCUGGAGCCUCUGGUGGAGCUGCAGCCCGAGGGGGAGUGGAUGCCCGGGAACGACGGCAUCAUCAGCUACUGCACCACCCACGACUACCCCGGCAGCACCUGGGACUGGAUUGGCCUCUACAAGGUUGGAUUCAGAAGUGACCGAGACUACGUGACGUACGUCUGGGUGAAGGAUGAUGAGCUGACAGUGCACGAGGAUGUUUAUCAGGUCUACCUGAAUGGUGAGGACGUCCCGGAGAGUGGAGGGGACUUCUUCCUCUGCUACUACAGCAGCAACAUGGAGGGCAUUGUCGGAGUGAGCCGGUCCUUCCAGGUUCCCCCACACACGGCUGGCACGGGGGUGUGAGGGAUUGCCACACUGAGGGAGGGGAGGUGAGGGAUUGCCACACUGAGGGAGGGGAGGGAUCGCUGCACUAUAGGUGUAGGAGGAGGCCAUUCGGCCCUUUGAGCCAGCAUGGCCAUUCACUGUGAUGAUGACUGACCAUCCCCAAUCAGUACCCCGUUUCUGCCUUCUCCUCAUAUCCCUUGACUCCGCUAUCUUUAAGAUCUCUGCCUAACUCUCUCUUGAAAUCAUCCAGAGAAUGUGCCUCCACUGCCAUCUGAGGCAGAGAAUUCCACAGAUUCACAACUCUCUGGGUGAAAAAGUUUUUCCUCAUCUCCGUUCUAAAUGGCCUACCCUUUAUUCUUAAACUGUGGCCCCUGGCUCUAGAUUCCCCCAACAUAGGGAACAUGUUUCCUGCCUCUAGCGUGUCCAAUCCCUUUAUAAAUGUAUGUUUCAAUAAGAUGCCCUCUCAUCCUUAUAAAUUCCAGUGUAUACAAGCCCAGCCGCUCCAUUCUUUUAACAUACAACAGUCCUGCCCUCCCAGGAAUUAACCUCGUGAACCUACGCUGCACUCCCCCAAUAGCAAGAAUGUCCUUAAGUUUGGAGACACAAAACUGCACACAAUACUCCAGGUGUGGUCUCACUAGGGCCCUGUACAACUGCAGAAGGACCUCUUUGCUCCCAUACUCCUCCUCUUGUUAUGAAGGCCAACAUGCCAUUCGCUUUCUUCGGGAGGGGAGAAGGGGAGGGAGGGGAGGUGAGGGUGCACCGCACUGUGAGAGAGAUGGUGAGGGAUUGCUGCACUGUGGGAGAUGUCAUCCCAUUGAUGAGACAGUCAGACGGGCCCCGGCUGCCGAUGGGGGCAGAGCUGGUGGCCAUUGGGAGGAGCGGGGUCUCUGGUGCUGCGGCCACUCCUGACCCCGCUGUUCCCGUGGGAUUGUGCUGUGCGUAGGCCAGUGUCUGAUGUCGGUGAGGGGUGCGGGGAGUGAGGAGCCCCCUGACUCACGGAGCCUCUUGUUGUUUCCCCUCCGCUGCUGCAGAUGGCACCACUGGUGAUGGGGCCAGAGGCGAUCGAGCAGUGGGCAGCUUCGUGCUGACUCGGACACUGGCUGAGACCGGUCCCCACACCGAGCUCCAACCUGCUCCCUCCCCCUGGGGUGGUGACGCUGAUACGUCUCGACAGUCCCCUCCACCCUCUCCGAGCCCAGCCAGGGACCCCUCUCCAAUCCUCCCUCCCAUACUGACCCCAUCCGGGCCGGUUGGGGCUGGCCCAGCGCGCGGCCCGUCCUGACUCGGUGUGUGGGGGGAGAGCCAGGGGUCGGGGAGCAUGGUUGUCACUACCACUCUCCACCCUGCUUAGACCUCCGCCCCUAAAUGUCCCUCUUAAAUCCUUGUAGUUUCACCACAGUUACCAUGUUCUGCACAUCUCUGCCCAGCUCCACCCUUCCUCCAGACCUCUCCAUCUCCCCGGAAAGGCAGCUCUGAGUCUCUGCUUCUCUCCCUCCUUUGCCC